AUGAGAAUUGUUCCAGUACCAAACCAAUCUGAUAAUUACGCCUAUUUGAUAAUAGACGAAAUAGCAAAGAGAGCUGCAUCUGUCGAUCCUUAUGAUGUCGACAAAGUGACGUCGACAGCCACAGCUGAGGGUGUCGAAAUAUCAGCAAAUAUUAGUACACAUCAUCAUAAUGACCACACUGGAGGUAACAGCCAACUUCAGUCCCUCUAUCCGAACAUUCCAUUCUACGCCGGAUCGAAUAAAGCAAGUGCGACAUCUCAUAUCGUCAAACACGGCGAUAGUUUCAAAUUUGGAAAUCUGGAUAUAAGCUGCUUCGGUACACCCUGCCACACCCAAGAUUCAAUAGCAUUCUUUGUUGAAGAUAAGGCAACUAGACAGAAAGCUGUAUUCACAGGUGAUACACUCUUCACCGCUGGAUGCGGUAGAUUUUUCGAGGGUACGCCUGAAGAGAUGCACAAAUCGUUGAACGGUGUGCUAGCAAAGCUUCCAUCAGAAACUGUAGUAUACAAUGGUCAUGAAUACACAGCUGGAAACGUAAAAUUCGCACUCAAAAUUGAGCCUGAGAACCAAGCAUUGAAGGACUUGGCAGACUACACUCAUACUAACAAGCGUACUGUUGGUGUUUACACCAUAGCUGAUGAGUUGAAACACAACCCAUUCAUGAGACUCCACGAGAAGGCAGUCCAG